AAAAUAUACUCGGAAGAUCAUGAGUGGAUUGAGGUCUCGGAAGAUGGCAAGAUUGGUACCUUCGGUAUUAGCACCUACGCCGCCGAACGGCUCGGUGAUAUCGUCUACGUGGAGCUGCCGGAGUUAUCCAUCGACAUCCAAGCCGGCGAAGCCAUUGGCGCUGUCGAGUCGGUGAAGAGUGUCUCCGAUCUCUUGUCCCCGGUGUCGGGGAAAGUCGUGCAGACCAACGCCGCCGUAGAAGGCAAGCCGGCCACGAUAAAUCAGAGUCCGGAAGGGGAGGGGUGGAUUGCGAAGAUCGAGCUCGCCGAUAAGGGGGAGCUGGAGACGCUGAUGGAUGAGGAUGCGUAUGUCAAAUUUAUCAAGGAAGAAUCAUGA